AUGAAGAACGAGAGCGUAUAUCUAUCUACGGGCAGAUCCCAUACCAAACCAAUCUUCUGGAGUGCUCCGUCUUCAGCAUUUUCCGGAAAAUUACGCGGGUAUAUUAGCAAAUCCGGUUUCCAAGUGGAAGAGCGCUUUGCAAACGAAACCCGGUUCCAUGAAGAGAUAGUGCCACUGAUCGGCUACUUUGUGGUGCCUAUCAUUGAACUCGAAGACGGCCUCCUCUUGCAAGACACGACCGAGGCCAUCCUGUAUCUUGAGAGUCAGAGAACAGACAAUCUUGAACACAGCCUUAUCCCAACCACGCCACAGCUCAAAGCCACAGCAUAUCUGAUUAAUUUAUUCGGUACUGAUGGCUUCCACAAACCCGGCAUGCACUACCGCUGGAGCUACGAGCAUCGCCAAGAAGGAUUUCUUGAUAGUGCCUUUGCGGACUGGGUUGCUCCAAGUUCCCAAGUUACAAGAAAGGAGCAGACUGCAAAAUUCACGUCAGACUACCUGCCUGCACUAGGGAUUCGGCAGACCACGAUCGAGGUGAUUGAGAAGGCUUGGGAAGAGUGUCUCGACAUCUUGAAUGAGCAUUUCAAGAAGAAUCCUUACUUUCUUGGGGCAGCUCCCACCAUCGCUGAUUGCGGUUUCAUGACUAUGGUCUGGGCGCAUCUGGCGCGUGAUCCAGUGCCUGCCUACCUCAUGAGGACCAGAGCGCCCAUGGUGGCUCGCUGGGCAGAACGCAUGGUUCAACUGAAGUGGUUCGAUGGGGGUUUCCCACAAGCCGACCCAUUACUGGUCAACGACACGAUUCCGGAGACACUCAUACCAUUCCUCAAAUACCUGUUCGCGCGGAUCGCCCCCGAGCACAUAGCUAGCGUGAGAGCGUUCAAUCGCAUGAUCGAUCAGCGUCCGGAUCUUGAGAGCGGUAAUCAUCUAGACGAUCCAAGUAGCCCGAGCGCUCAUCCAACCUGUGGUAAGAUCGAAUUCGAGCUGCUUGGAACAGUUGUGGAGCGUAUGGCCUUUGUGGACUCAGCUUUUCAGUUGCAAAGCUUUUCUCGAGCCCUUGACGAAUUGCCCAUUAAGGAUAGGGAGAGAUUCAUUGCCACCAUGUCUGAGUAUGGGGGCCAGGAGCUGUUUUCUUUGAGCCUGGCAAAACCUAUCCAAUAUCACAUGUAUCGAUAUAGACUGUUAUGA